GCAAGCACAUCACAUGUGGAACUCCCAUAUCUUAAGUUCCACUCCUUUGCUCCUCCUCUUUCCGUCUUCAUGCUCUCUCUCUACCAAAAUAUAACACCCUUUGGCAAAAUGCACCAAUCUACCCAAACACACCAUUUUCUCAUCCUCCGAAAAGAUGAAAAAAGCUCGUUUGUUUCACUUGUUUUUUCUCAUCGUUGGCGUAUCAAUCGGCAUUUUCUCCACUCUAUGCCUCAAAAGCUUCUCCUUCUCCAUUCCUUCACUCCUCCUAAUAUCUCCCAUUUCCCUCUCCAUAUCCGACAAUCCAUCCGCCAUACCUUUAUCAUCGACAAACGAAACCUUUAAUUACACUAACAUUAGUACCGAUGUUUCUAAUUACACUAAUAUUACUAGCACAAUUGAUUUUUCAAUUGAAAACAAUUCCACACAAAGCAUGAGUGAAGACGAGGAAUUGUUUAUGAGGGCAUCGAGGGUGCAAGAAUCCACGGGCAAAGAGUCGAAGCAAAAAGUGGCUUUUCUGUUUUUGGCGCGAGGGCCAUUGCCAUUGGCUCCAUUUUGGGACAGCUUCUUCAAAGGACACGACGAGUUGUUCUCAGUCUACGUUCACUCUCACCCUUCAUACAAUGACUCCUCUUCACCUGUCCCUAAAAGCUCUGCUUUCUACGGGAAAAGAAUCCCUAGCAAGCCAGUGGAUCGUGGCUCGAUCUCCAUGGUUGACGCCGAGCGGCGGCUCCUGGCGAAUGCGCUCCUCGAUUCCUCAAAUCAAAGGUUCGUCCUCGUAUCCGAAUCCUGCAUCCCGGUCUUCAAUUUCACCACCGUCUACGACUACCUAAUUGGCGCAAACGGGAGCUUCCUGGGCACGAUUGAGAACCCGUGGAAGAGGAGCAAGUGGCGGUACGACCGCCGGAUGCUGCCCACCGUCAACGUCAAUCAGUGGCGGAAGGGGUCGCAGUGGUUCGCGAUCCGCCGCGACAUCGCCGGGAUAAUCGUCUCCGACAAGGAAUUUUACAGAGCGUUCCACGAUUUCUGCCCGGCGCUGCCGUGUUUCAGCGACGAGCAUUAUCUGCAGACGCUGGUGAACGUUUUGUGCCCGGAGCUGAACACGAAGCGGGCGGUGACGUGGUGUGACUGGUCGCUGGGCGGGGGGCACCCGAGGACGUUCGGGCGGCUCGAUGUGAAUGUUGAGCUGCUGGAGCGAAUACGGUUCGGGUCUGAGUCGUGUGUGUACAACGGCAACGCCACCAACGUGUGUUACCUUUUUGCUAGGAAGUUUGCGCCCACUGCGCUUGGGCCAUUAUUGACGAUUGGGCCCUCGGUUCUAGGUUUUGAUCCUUGAUUAUUUUUUAUCUUUUUUUUUUUAAUUGUUUCAAUAGGAUUUUAUCUUUUUACUACUUGUAAUGUUUGAUUAUAAAAUGAUCAAGAGAGUAGCAAUUUUAAAUUGAGUUCGCG